AUGGCUACCAUGUCCGCAGGCACAACAACCUACAACGUCUACCGCGUCUUCUUCUCCCAAUCCUCGAGCAUAGACCACGAAGCCAUCGCCCUAGUUCCCGCAGAAAACAAAGACCAAGGCGCCGGCCGGUUCUACCACGUCACAGGAACCGUUGGAUUGGGAAUGGACUACGACUCGAAACCCGCGUACCGGUUCGACAAGAUCUCGGAAUACAAAGGCGCUGCUUUUCUGUUCCGGUUGCCGAGGGCGCAGCUUGCGAGGUUCGAGGAUAUUGCGAGGAGUUGUCCACCGCCGCAUGAUGUGAGGGCGUUGAUGGAGGCGAACCCGAAUCCGCCUGUGAGGAAUUGUGUUAAUUGGAUUGAUGAGGUUUUGGCUGGGGCGAGGAAGCUAGUUUGA